CGCGGGACCGGGACCUGAGUGCUCGAUGGAGGUCGGUUGUUCGAUUCUUCGGUCCGCACCGCCCUCGCAGCACACAGGGAUGCGAUUGCGCUCGGCCCGACUGGCUUGGGCUCCCCGAGAACCAGUCAUGCCGGGUGAUGCUCUUGCUCUGCUCCCCUACUCCUAGAGACAUUUGACAGGGAUCUAGUCUUGCCGGGCGGUGCUCUUGCUCUGCUCCCCUACUCCCAGAGACAUUUGACAGGGAUCUAGUCUUGCCGGGCGGUGCUCUUGCUCUGCUCCCCUACUCCCAGAGACAUUUGACAGGGAUCUAGUCUUGCCGGGUGAUGCUCUUGCUCUGCUCCCCUACUCCCAGAGACAUUUGACAGGGAUCUAGUCUUGCCGGGCGGUGCUCUUGCUCUGCUCCCCUACUCCUAGAGACAUUUGGCAGGGAUCUAGUCUUGCCGGGCGGUGCUCUUGCUCUGCUCCUUUACUCCCAGAGACAUUUGACAGGACGAGCGGGUAGAGGGGCUGAAGAUGGGCCAGAGGUGGCGAGCACUGCCGGAUCUUCCCGAUGACCUAAUGUUUACUUCCCCGCACCCACAGAGGGGGCUCGCCACUGUCUGUUCCUCCAGUUCCGGGAUCCGACGCCCACGUCUGUCUUCACCGGGCACUGCACGCACGUUGCGCUCAGACUGACAUGCAGGCAAAACACCCAUACACAUAAAAACAAAUCUUUGAAAGGUGGGUGGAAGGGCUCAAAGCUAACUUAGUAGUUCGGCGAGGUUGGUUCAAAAAGAAGAGGCAUAAAUAGGAUAGUUUUCCAAGCAUCCAACAGAAAUGAUUUAGAAGAUUCCUAGUGAGCUUUUUGGGAAGAUGACCGAGGAACCACAGAAUGUUCACUUGAAAAACUUCUGCCUCUUGUGGAAUUCCUUUGGCAGAAAGAAGCAUUUUGUUCCUAAUGAGAAGCUAGGAGAAACGUUUGAAUGUAGUGUAACCUCCUCCUAAAAGGAGUUUCUUUCCAAAAAUGCUGCUUUGGCUUUGGUUUGUAUCAGUAGCGGGAGGGGAGGAGGUUCAUUGCAAAUAUUUAAUCUUGUGGUUUUUUUUUUUGUCGUGUUUUGCCCACCAAGUUGUUUUCUAUUUUGCAGAGCCAUCUAGUGGAAGCCCCCUGUUCAGUACAGACGUCACAGUUCCAAUCACAACCAAUUUGUAUCAUAAACAGCCUAUCCAAAGCCAGUCACCAUGAUUCGGUAACUAAAAAUCUUGAGGAGUACAUCUGGAAAAGGGGAUUGUUAUUAGCUGAGUGAAGAGAUAUGUAGAUGUACCUCAAGUUCCUGUUGUACCCUGAUUCCCUAUUAUAAAGGGACGUGUAAAUAGUAUAGACAGAUUGUACGUAAACACAAAUUGUCUUUAUACUGAAAAGUAGCUCAAGGGUGAUGUACCCAGCCAUGCUUCCAAAAGUUUGCACUGUGGUCUUGGAGAACAUUAGCUGGAAUCAGGCUUUAAGUCCAUAGCCAUAUGCUAUUCCUAGCUGAAUUAUGAACUAUUUAGACUAUAGUUGUCACUGAUAGAUUCAGGGACAGUUAUCCUUAGCUCAAAAUUAUUCACAUACAAUAGAUUAAUUUCUAAAGCAGUACCCUUAAAGCUUAAUUGAAUAUACGAGACUGUGUAACUAUAACCAGGAUUUCAUCCUCGUUCGUUUUGGCUAAGUUUAUGUCAAAAGCAAGCACCUGUCCAUUUCAUCCAAGUAAUUAAACAGUUGUUAUAUAAAUUACUAAAAAUCCAGCAGGUUUGUGAUUAAGUCAGAUUGGAGGUGGUGAGCUCAAUGUUAAAGCACCAGUUCACACACACAUACUUUCAAUAAAUAUUUGAACAUGUCCUUAAAGUAGCCAUUAUCACUAAACUCAGUAAAUACAUAAUGUGGAGAAUCACUUCCCUUUUUUAUAUUAAGAAAAAAAUUUUCAUUCAUUUUACACACCAAUCAAAGAUCCCCCUCUUCCCUCCUCCUGCAUAUCCCAGCCUCCCCACCCAACCCAUCCCCCAAUCCCACCCAUGAGAAGGCAAGGCUUCCCAUGGGGAGGCACAUCCGGUAGAGGCAGGUCCAAGCCCUUCCCCCUGCCUCAAGGCUGCACAAGGUGUCCCAUCAUAGGUAGUGAGCUCCAAAAAGCCCCCUCAUGCACCAGGGAUGGAUUCUGAUUCUACCACCACCACCCCGCCCCCGAAAAAGAUCAAGCUACACAACUGUCUCACCAUGCAGAGGACCCAGGUAGGCUCCACAGCCAUUGAUUCAACUUUCAUGAGUUCCCUUUUUUAAAGGUAAUGUUUUCUGGGAGCAGCAAGAAAUAGAAUGUGUAGAAACAGCCAUAUUUGCUAAAGACGUUCAAAAAGAAGGGAACAUAUUUCUUGUCUCCCAUGGACAAUUCAGAUAUGCAGCCACUUGUUUUAUUCACUCCACCUGUCUGUCUUCACAAAAUACUUGAGAGACACGGCACGGGCUCCGUCUUGCAGACUGAGAGACUGAAGUCAAGAAAAGUAAAGUUCUUUAAAUCAUAUCUCAAAACUUUCUGACUCAGAAUAGAACGUGCGGUUUGGUCUGAAAAGGCUGAGUGUAUUUAAACUUUGCCCUGUAGGUUACAUAUGAAGACAGUUGACUAAAAUAUCAAACUAUGAAGGAAACUUCCACGAGAAACAAUAAUUUCAAAGUUCCUAGCACAGUGAAUUCUGCAGAUGCUGAAUGGGGAAGAACAGCGAGUCAAGGUGACUUCGUUGAGUGGUUGCCUCCAGAACUCACCGUUAUAAUCUUCAGCCAGCUAGACAUUCAGAGUUUAUGCAGAGCAUCUGAGACAUGCUGGAAUUGGAAUCUCACAAUAAAGGAGAGUGAUGAGAUCUGGAAACUUCACUGCUUGACUAUAAGAGCUGUGUGCCAAAGAGAAAUAGAUGAUGACAGAAAAAAUGGUUAUACCUGGAGGGAAACAUUUCUAAGAAAUUACCAGAAGAGUAAAGUGAAGCGUGAGUGGCUAAGUGGCAGAUACAGCAACAUACGUUCUCCUGCAAACCUGCCAGAAAAAUUUAUGUGCCCAAUGGAUGCAGAUACAUGGGGGGAAAUUCUAGAAGCAGAACUAAAAAGAGAAGUUGAAAAAUCGCAGUAGACCUCGUGGUUUUGAUGGUGCAUGAUAAAAUGACUCAGACUGCAGGAGACUUUAAAAUCGGGUAAUGUUUUUCUCAGUUUUUAAAAAAUAUCUAGCACUUAAAAGAAAACAAAGUUGAAUGUGAAGCUUUGUAUUUUGCACUUUGAAAAAAUUUUCAGGUUUUAUGUUGUAAGAAAUCAUGAAAUGUUAAUUUAUAAGAAAUAAUAGAGUAAUAGAUUUUGAAAUGUAUUGUUUCAUGUAUUUGUGUUAGACUAUUGUAUUAGUUUAAGUGGUACAAUUUACUGUUAUUUUCUGUUUAAUCCUUCAACAAUUCAGGGGCUACCUGAAGAAACUUAUUUAAAGACUCAUUUGAUAUAAAUGAGAUACUUAUCUCAUUUAUAUCAAGUGAGCCCAGUUGCAAUAUAUGUAAACUAAUAUUAAAAUUGCACAUUAAUAACUUUACAGUUUUUACUUAAGUGGAACAGAUUGAAUUGUCAAAUAAUGAAAACUAUUUUAAAAUGUGUUAAACCUAAGGUUUAUUUAAACUUGAUCUAAUGUUGGAGCUGAAACUCUUAGAUUAAGAUUUACAUUAUUCAAAGUCUCAAAGGCUGAGAAUGUGUGAAAAGCUUCAGAAUAUUUGACAGGACAAUGAGAACCACCAAAGGCUGUGUUUUCCUUAGUCAACUGCGUCCCAACAUCCUGAUAGCGCCACCUAGUGGACUCUUAGAUGCGUCUCCUUACUUAACAAGAAAACGUGUUCUCCAAGCACUAUUUGAUCUUGUUAAAGUGUAUCUUUGUAGGGAGGGAAUCUUUUUUCAACUUUGUUUCUCUUUUUUCAUAAAAGGAGAUUAUGUAGCGACAUUCCCUCUACCAGGUUAUCCCACCUGAAUCUGUAAACCAUAGUAAAAAGUGUCUACAAAUAUGGUCAUUUGUAUGGGGUUUUCUAUAGUUACUCUUCCUUACCAUUCUGUUGUUAUGAUAAAGCAUCAUGACCAAAAACAGCUUAUGGAAGAAGGAGUUUAUUUAGCUUAUCGUUCCGGAGCAGAAAAAGUCACUUCAAAGGAGGAAGUAGCAAGCAUGGAGACUAGAGUCGGAAGCUGAGAAAUCACAUCCUCAGCAAAGAGAAUGAAGCAGAGACAGUCAACUAGAUGUAGGUGAGGCUUUAAGUUCUCAAAGCCUUGCCCCAGUGACACUUACUUCCUCCAGCAAGGCUGCAUCUCCUAAACCUCCCCAAACAGCGCUACCAACCAGAGACCAACAAGUAUUCAAAUACCAGAGCCCUAUGUAGAACAUUUCUUAUCAAACUACCACAGUUUCCUAGAUUUAAAAAAAUCUAGGAAACCAAUGUUUAAUAACUAACGAUUUAGAAACUAUACAGCCAUCAGUCAAUGCCCCAUUGUAUACAAAUUUUUUUUGUUGCAUAACAUGGAUGAUUAUCAUCUCCUAGUAUCUUAAGAGUUGGAAAUGAUCUUGAAAACCAGGCAGGGCAGUUUCCAGGACUAUUCAGUAAUUUCCCGUCAGUACACUGAGGUCUCAGAGGCCUGAGUUCAAAAACAUCUGUUAUAGUAAUAGAUGAUAUUAUAUAUAUAUCGUAAGUCAGUACUCUCCUAGGAUUGCUACAAUCAUUAUAAAUUCUCCUCAAAAUGCAAGACCAUCCGUAGCCUGUGUCUGUAGUCCUGUUUCUGCCUGCUAAGACGAGACUGAUCUAAUCCUUCUCUUCGUUUGCUAUUUGAAUACUUGAAGCCAGCUGGCCUCUCUUCCUAUUAUCUAAUCUCCGUUCCUUCCCACUGUCACACGCCAUCACUUCUAGGCCAAGCAGCACUCUCAGCUGCUCAUGCCCUCUUAACAAAUGUGUGAUUGGGAAGGAAGAUAUCCUGCUGAUUUCGUUUAGGAAGAGAUCAUUCAAAAGCACUUUGAAAUCUUGAAAACACGGAAGUGAAGCAGUAACGCGUCUUAAUGUAUGACAACCACAUGUACAUGCCGGUGUUGUGGGCUGUCACCUUUUCCUACUAGUAAAGAAUGCCCUAACCGGGGGGUUCACCCUUCUCACUCGUGGCCCCCUCUCUGCCAGCCUCUGUGUGGAGUGUGAGACUGGAACGUGACUGAACCCACCUCCUUCUUAAACUGGAAGGCGUCAUGGAGAAGUGGGUCCUCAGUCAGAGAAUACACAUCCAACAGAAAAACAAAGGAAGGGACGAGAGGAUUGUGGUGACGGGUCUGAUUCAGCCAGUCCACCUGUCUAAAUCCCUACAAAUUGCACCAGAAACCCUACCCUGCCCACAGGGUUUUCCUACUGUUUUCAAGUGUGUAACUGUAAAAGUAUGGUUUACGUUAGUGUCUUGGUUUUGCACUAGGAACCCCACCGGUAGGGCUUCCUUUGCCUAUUUUUCAAGUAUGUGAUACUUGUAGUUUAUGUUAGUGUCUUUGUUUUAGAGAGCUUAACCCUUGCUUCCUUAGUCCUGCCAGUUUUGUGUCCUGAGGUAAUCCCUUGUCUCAGCUGUUCUCAGCAUUCAUUUCCUUCUCUGUCUUCUAUAACUUGUUCUUCCCACAGAAAUUGAAAUUGCUACUAAGGCACAAGUAACUUACUUCCUAAAUGUCUUUGAUACAUUCUGGUUGUUAAGUUGUUUGACGCUCAGUUCUUGUAAUUCUUCGUUUGGAGGCAAGCAUCUCGUUUCUCUUUUCACACUCUAACCAGUCUUUAAAUUUCCUUCAGAGACACACCAUCUAUCCAUUACAUGUUGCUAUUCGUGAAGGUUCAGACUGUGGUCCUCUUCUUACAUCCUGAACAUCUACUCCCCCAUUACCAUUACCAUUGUUGGUGCUUGUGGGGUCUGUAUCCAUGACUCCACAUCAGGUUUGCCCAGUCUCUUCCAGAAACACCCGUGCCAACCUGUUGGAAUCAUAGCUAAGUCACUAUCACCAGAACCAGAGCUUAUUAAAGCAAAGACUAGUUAUUCUUUCGGCCUCUAGCCAGGAAAGUAGCCAGGGCUUCUAGGUAGUUAACACUAUUUCUGAUUUUCUUGUUCUGUGUCCAUCCAGCCAAGAAUCAGUUCUUCCUGGUUUAGUUAUCUAAAUAUCUGAGCAGUCCAACCCUUCUCCAUAUUUUCUCCUCUUCGUUACGUCUUUUCCUUAUUUGAAGUUGGUAUGACUAAGAUAACCUCCUAACUGGUACUCCUUCCUCACACUGUUGAUAGAUCAUCCUUCCUAAGAGCCCUCAAAUGAGCAUGUCCCCUCUAACUUAGAUCACUUGCUACUUUCAGGUAGAGAAUGGCCUUUAGUGAUGCACCCUGGCUUACCCCUGAGGCUUUUCUCUCACAACUUUCCCUUCCGUAUCAUUCAGUUCAGUCAUACCCAACAGCGUUUGCAGUUACCUGGCCGUGCUUGCUCCCUUACCUCUGCCGCUGUGUGCAGGUUAUGUGAGGAUAGAUGACACACUUUCAGGGUUCUCCCUUCCUCCACCAUCAGCUCAUGCUUGCUCCCUUACCUCUGCCUCUGUGUGCAGGUUAUGUGAUGAUAGAUGUCACACUUUCAGGGUUCUCCCUUCCUCCACCAUCAGCUCAUGCUUGCUCCCUUACCUCUGCCGCUGUGUGCAGGUUAUGUGAUGAUAGAUGUCACACUUUCAGGGUUCUCCCUUCCUCCACCAUCAGCUCAUGCUUGCUCCCUUACCUCUGCUGCUGUGUGCAGGUUAUGUGAGGAUAGACGAUACACUUUCAGGGUUCUCCCUUCCUCCACCAUCAGCUCUUGAUUUGGCAAGAUCUUCCACCUCUAAACCGUCUGAAGCUGUGUUGUUCUGGAUUAUGUUAUUCUUCUAAAGUUCAUAUAUAUCUUUCUUUGUAACAUUCUGCUCAAAAGCCUUCACACUGUUGAGUUGUCUGUUUGUCUACCUGCUGCUAUAAAUCGAAUUUUUUAGUGACAGGUACCAUGUUUUAAUUUAUUUUUCUGUCCCUUAAACCUUAUUUUUAUUAAAUAAAAUAUUAUUUUUAUUAAAUAAAAAUAAGGUUUACUAGUUAAAAUUUAGUUAUUUGUUGUAUUAUUUUUAUACAUAUGCAGAAUGUACAAGAAAAAUAUAUUGUCAUUGGAUAAUGUAAAGUAUGCAUUGUUAUAGUAGCAAGUUUACUAUUUGUUAGUAGAUUAAGUUCUAUUGAAAUGCAAAAUAGAAUUGCUGGAAUGUAUGAGACACUCAGUGUUAAAAUGUAGAUGAUUGUUUUAGUCAUCUUUAAAGGUGUAAGUGGAGCUUAA